GUGUGCAGUCUAAAGCCUAAUGAGAAAGGUUUAUAGUGUACAGUCUAAAGCCUACUGAGCAAAGUUUUUAGUGUACAGUGUACUGUCUGAAGCCUACUGAGAAAGGUUUAUAGUGUACAGUCUAAAGCCUACUGAGCAAGGUUUAUAGUGUACAAUGUACAGUCUAAAGCCUACUGAGCAAGGUUUAUAGUGUACAGUGUACAGUCUAAAGCCUACAGAGCAAGGUUUAAAGUGUACAGUGUAUGCAGUCUAAAACCUACCGAGCAAGGAUUAUAGUGUACAGUGUACGGUCUAAAGCCUACUGAGCAAGGUUUAAAGUGUGCAGUGUACAGUCUAAAGCCUACUAAGCAAGGUUUAUGGUGUACAGUGUACAGUCUAAAGGCUACUGAGCAAGGUUUAUAGUGUACAGUGUAUAAUCUUCAGAGGUGUUUACUUUAAAGUGUACAACUGUGUAGACACGAGGCCCUAUGUCGGCCUCUUAAAUCCGGUCUCUGGUCAUAUCCAUUGUUCUCCUGGAGGUUGAGAAGGAAGGAACCUGGGUAGUGCUCUCUUCUCGGAUUCAGUGACUCUCUUUAAACCAUAUCUUCUCCCUGCUCUCCGACCCAUCUGGAGCAGAAAGCAAUCCAACUCUAUACUCUCAGAUAAAGAUGAAACUAGGUGCAGGGUUUAUGAGAUGAAGGUGGUCUAAUAGAUCUGUGUGAAGGUUAACCAGGGACCAGCUGUUUAUAGUAUUAUAGGAUGAAGAAGGAAGCUCUGUCAGGGGAAGAACUUGCCAAGGAGAAGGAGAGGAUGGUUCGAGAACUGAAGAAAGCAGUAAAACAAGUUAUGGAGGAAAGUGUGGCAAAAAAGACUGUGCAUGAGGAAAGUAGUAAUGUAUCUGCUGUCUGUAGUAUAGUGGAUAAUUGUCUAGCUUUAGGUCUACGAAGAAGGGCUCUAGGAUUGUUUAAGACAAGUUCAAGUAUAGCGCUCUUACAGAAGAUUAGCAGAGAAAACCCAGAUGCAGGAGCAGUUAUGAAAAGGAUCGAUGAGUUGGAGAGUAGAGGAGAGGGUAGAAGGAAAAGUUCUUCAAGUUCAGAUUCAAUAAUCUCAUUCUCAUCUAGAUCUACACAAAGGGUUGAUUCCUCGUCUAAUCUGGUUUCCAGCAGCAGUAACAGGUUCUACUGGAUCAGAAUUGCUCUGUUUGAGAAGAAACUUCACAGGAUUCUCAGUUAUCUUACUCAAAACUCAGAUAGGUUCUAUGAUUGUUCUAAGUCUCUGAUAGGAGACCCUGACUACGGUCCUUUACUCUCCUCUCUACUAGUUGGACCCUGUGCUUUAGAGUACAGCAGGGUUUCCGCUCAUGAACAGUACUGGCAUGAUCCCCCAGCUGAUGAACUGGUUCAGCGGCAUCGUAUCUCAUCCUUAAACUCACGUGGAUCACAGCCCGCCACACCAAACAGGGGAUUUAAAAGAAUGCUAUCAUCGUAUGAGAGUGAGGAAAGGCGCAGUUCUAUCCCUCAUAUAGCAAGAGAGUACGUGGAAUCCCUUCACCAGAAUAGAAAAUCCGCUCUUCUAUACGGAAAGAACAAUAUAAAUGUUUUACAACGGAAUUCAACUGGGGGGCUUCCUGGCUACCUCUCUCUCCAUCAGGACGGAGAAGUACUGACUUUAAAGUGGACUCCAAACAGUUUAAUGGAUGCCAGGAGUCCCUUGUUGUCUGAAUCUAGUUCUAUCUCUGGGUGUUCCAGCCCAGCUUCAGCUACCUGGCUCCAGGCUUUGCAGGUCAACCUGUCAACAAUCCUCUACAUUCAUUCACAUCAGGAUACAGAUACAGGGGGAACCCUGGUUAUGGUGGGACGAGAUGGUAUCCAGUAUCCUCCGAUGCAUUUUCCUCCCGGAGAAAGUACAGAUUCCUUCCUUGAUGUUCUAGAAUCUGCUCUGCAACCUAAAGAAAUGUUGGAUCCGCCCCUGGGAGGUUCUAAGGAUUCAGAAAAUCUCAGGGAGAACGGUAAAGAUAUUGUCUACAAGAUAAGACCAACAACAACGGGAAGAAAAAGCUCGGAUGAUGGGUUGACUGCGCAUGACAGUUUGCAUAAAACGAAGAGUUUAGACUGGCUGGCUAAUUUCUUCCAUAUCAGUAAGAAAAUGCAGAGCUUGCCGGCACAUACUUAUAUGCUUGAAUCUGAGGUUGAAACAGAAAAUAAUGAAUACAAGAUAUCGCCUGAUGAUUACACUAGAUAUCUUUCGGAAAGCUCUCAGAGUACUCCUAGUCCCAGCACCCCUAUCAAGGGACUUUGCCGCACAAUGAAAAAUCAGCUGAUUUCGCGGGCUUUCUAUGGCUGGUUAGCGCACUGUCGCCACAUGAAAACUGUCAGAACCCAUCUUUCAGGUCUAGUAUUACCUGGGUUUGAUCCCAGUGAGUCUGAAUCUGACGGGUUGACCGUAGAAGCGUGGACUGGUUUCAAGCUACAGGGUUUAGGGUCAACUCACAUUCAAAAUAAAAUUUACAGACUGAUCUACAAUGGUGGGAUGGAACAUGAGUUGAGAAAAGAGGUUUGGCCAUAUCUGUUGGGUCAUCUGAACUGGAACUUUACAAGUCAACAAGUUCACAUUAAAGACGGAGCAAUUCAAUCUGAAUACGAGAGAAAAAUCUCUGAGUGGGGUGCGCUGGAAGCCAUUGUUCUUCAGCAGGAUAGGGAGAUAAAUGCCGCAAAUAUUGCUAGAGUAAAUGGACAACUGAAAGAAAGAUCGGACAGUACUUCAAGUUAUGGAAUGCCAAAUAAUGUUUAUAUUUUAACAGUAUUAUUUUGUAGAGUAAAUGGACAACUGAAAGAAAGAUCGGACAGUACUUCAAGUUAUGGAAUGCCAAAUGAUGUUUAUAUUUUAACAGUAUUAUUUUGUAGAGUAAAUGGACAAUUGAAAGAAAGAUCUGACAGUACUUCAAGUUAUGGAAUGCCAAAUGAUGUUUUUGAAUCUGUUGAUGCACAUGAUCUAUCUGAAACGCCUGAUCGGCCAUCAACAAUUACUGAAGUUACAGAACAAUCUUCAACUUCCAGAUCACGUGUGUCCGAGGAUUCUGAAAACUCUGGACCUAGAUCUCACACGGAAAAUAAAAGAGCUGGAAAACGGGAUCCUAUUCUAGUAUCAGCAUCAGAUGAGGGUAUAGAAGACUUAAACGAUGAAGAUGAAACAUAUUCUAUUGAGAACAAGUAUGAUGGAGAUGGAUUCGAUGGAUAUCGUUUAGGUAAUCCGCGAAAAUUGAGCCGAGCUAAUCAUGAUCAAGGAUUCGGUUUCAAGAUUACUACUCCUAGUAUUGACAGCGGAAAUCCGGAUUCUACUCCUCCAGAGGGUAAACUAGAAGCUAGGCUGAUCUCCAGAAGUGAGAGUGAUGAACACAGUGUGUGUGGUUCUGAGAUCCAGGAGAUUACAAGAAACAUCAUGAAUCUCAGCUGUGAUUUCAGGGAUGAUUUGUUGGCGGCCCCCUCCCCAGUAUCCCUCUGCCCCUCCCCAGCCAGCUCAGAGGGUGGAACCUAUACAAUGGAGAUAUUGGAGAAGUUUGGUUUGAAUCUGCACAGAAUAGAAAAGGAUGUUGCAAGAUGUGACAGGAACCUUGAAUACUUCAGCCAACCAAUCAACCUGGAGAAACUUAGAAAUGUGAUUACUACAUACGUCUGGGAAAACCUUGAAGACGGUUAUAUGCAGGGAAUGUGCGACCUUGUCGCUCCUCUUCUUGUCGUUAUUGACGACGAAGCGAUCGUGUACUCCUGCUUUACCACUCUUAUGAAGAGGAUGAUCAAAAAUUUUCCAACAGGAGAAGCCAUGGAUUCAAAUUUUGGAAAUAUGAGAGCUCUGAUGCAGGUUCUGGAUCAGAGUCUAUAUGAUACUAUUCAACAAAAUGGCGAUUUUUCACACUUCUACUUCUGCUACAGAUGGUUUCUUCUUGACUUUAAACGAGAGUUUGAAUAUUCUUCCGUUUAUUUGGUUUGGGAAACUAUCUGGGCAGCCGCUAGAGUUUCAACUGAGCAUUUCUAUUUGUUCAUUGCCCUGGGACUAGUAGAGACCUACAGGGAUAUUAUUCUUGACAGAAAUAUGGAUUUCACAGAUAUAAUCAAGUUCUUCAAUGAAAUGGCUGAACGACAUCAAACAGAUCUGGUUCUGGCGGAAUCCAAACAAUUACUAAACUCUUUACGUAACCUUGUACAUGAUACAGAUUAAAGUGCAGUACAGUACAGUAGUGUUGUUUACUGUUGCACACAUAUUUUACAGCUUUUACAUUUCUCCAACACAAAACGUAAACAAAGAAUGUACAACUCUCAUACCUUUGGUUUACAAGUCUACUGCACAUUCUGGGUGGAAUAUAAACAACACUCAGCACUGAGUUUGUUUAUUUUCCUUAAAGCAACUCAAUUGUUAUUUUUUUGUUAACAAAGAUUUAAAGAGUUUAAUGUUUCUCUCGUAUAUCUUUUUAAAACUGCAGUACACAGUACAUAAGUUUAUUAAAGGAGGGAGGGGCGGCUGCGCAGUGCACACAGUCACACAGCCACCACUCCCUCCACGAUGAUUACUGGACUGGUGUAGCCCAAGAUAUCGUUAUGAAGCCCAGUAUCGGAAACCCAGUUUCUUGAAUGGGGUACGGCCAUUUUGUCAAUACUAUUCUUUUGUUAAAAAAUAUAACAUCUUUUAUAUUCUCUUAAAGAGUUUAUAUUUCUUAAAAUUGAAAUCUACACAAAGGUACAGACUCCGUUACGGAAACUCGGAAUUUUUGUUCAAUACUUUAAGAUUUUCGACUCGGAGCUGAAACCCUUUUAUUUGUCCUUUUGCUAACAUGACGUGACCGACUGUGUCUGUCCGAAGUACGUUGAAACACGACCUCUCUCGCCGAAAGCAAAUGGAAAGCCUAUUAAAAUUAGAUUAUGUGCUGAAAUAUACUUUUGGUGACAUCUAGCUGACAAACAUUGUAGAGUACGGAGACAUACAAAGUACGUCUAAGUUAGUUUAAGACAAUUCGGGCUCUGGGGCACAAUGCAAAUACGUAUUUCUUGACUAUUAUGUUUCUAAUGAAUGCAGUAUCAACCUUUAAUAAGAUAAACGAUAUACUUUGCAAAUAGUUUGGAUCAGAUAUCAUAUUAGUGGUGGAAUCUAUGGAGAAAUGUAAUAUUUUUUAUUAGAGAAAUAAUUGGGAAUCUUUCUUUAUAACUAUUUUUGCACUGUAGUGCACUGCACUAUACUGUUUUUUAAAUUGAAAAAUUUAAACAAAAUCAUGUACUGUAUUUUCCCAUAAAGGAACUGAGUCUUUGCCACA